AUGUGUGUAGAGAGAAACAAGCUUUUGCAUAUCAUCUUUAGUAAAUAGUUUCCAAAAUGGAGACCAGAUCUCUAGAACUAAAGGUGACGUCAGCCAAAGGGAUUAAGAAAGUGUCAAGGAUGGAUGUUUUCGUGGCCGUGAAGUUAUCUGGCGAUCCCAAAUGCUCCGACCAACGUGAGCAGCGGACACAAGUGGCAAGAAACAGUGGAACAUGCCCCGAAUGGGGCAAUGAUUUGAUGAAAUUCCCCAUUAACCACACCUUAGCUGAGGCUAACCGCCUUGUGGUCACUUUCAAGAUCAAGUGCGAGCAACUUGGAGGCGGAGAGAAAGACAUCGGCGAGGUUCACGUCUCGGUGAAAGAGCUUUUGGAUCAUCUUGGAAACGAUAAGUCCGGUCAAAGAUACGUCACAUAUCAAAUCGGAAAAUCCAAAGGCGACAUUAGUUUCACUUAUUCCUUCACCGAUCAUGUGGCGAUUACGAGCGAUGGUGGCAGCUCACGAUACAUAGCUCCUGAGCCGAUGCGUCCUGCAGCGACACAGCAGCCUGUAUUGAACAGACCCGUACUGAGUCAGCUGCUUCCAAGCGUGGGAUCGUUUAGCUACGAUCACAUUCCUUGCCACUCUCAGCCACCACAGGCUCAGCCGGAGAUUCUUCCGCCGGCUUGCUUCCCCGGAUUGUUCCCGCCUCAUGGAUAUCCGAUGAGUUACAUACCGGAAAGGCCACAGACAAUGUAUCCAUCUAUAUUUCCUGGCUUAUCAUGUCCGCCGGAUGGUUAUCCUACGCCGCAGACACACCCGGGACUAUAUCCACCGUACAGAUUUUAAUUAACCGGUCAACGUUCUCUGAGCUAACAGCUAAGUCGUCGGUGAGGAGAUUCGUAGACUUAAGUAUUGAUUUCAUCACGUCCACCUCCUACUUGUGUUUUUUCUUUCUUUCU